AUGGGGCAAUCUGUCCAACAAGCCGUGCCAUUACCGGUUUACACCGUCGCACGUCCAGUCAUCCAUACUGUGGUUCCACCAGCUGCCUAUGCUAGGCAUAUUCCUCAUUAUGAAGAUCAAAAUCACAUAAAGAAGGAAGGGGAAACAAAUGUUGUGACUGUUGGUCAAGGAAAAGCUCCUCCAAGAAGGAGGCCACAACAAUAUUCACCACAACAGUAUGGUCAACAACCCUUUCCAUAUCAGCAGCCCAUGUAUCUCGUCCAGUACGCUCCUCAGCCGUACGUAGCUGCUGUGACGCCUGCAUUCAAUCAACAGCCUGCUCAAGCUUAUCAAGCGCCUCCAGUUUAUCGACCAGCUCCAGUUCAACAACGUGCUGCAGCCCCUCCAACUUAUCAACAAGCACCAGCAGCUCCUGUUUAUCAACAGCCGAGAGCUCAAGCGCCAAGGCAAAAUGCUCAAAACCAGAAUAGGAGGCAAGGGUAUAGGGUGACCUUCAAUCCAAUCCCAAUGUCGUACAUUGAGCUUUAUCCCUCCCUGUUGCAGGGUUUGGUGGUUCCCAGACCUAUGGGACCUCCACCUGAUCAUCUUCCUCCAUGGUACAACCCUAAUGCACACUGUCCUUUUCAUGAAGGUGCCCCCGGGCAUGACCUAGAGGGUUGUUACGCUCUGAAGCAUAGGGUUCGUGAACUAAUUGAGAGCAAGAUCUUAUCUUUUAAGGACAUGGGAGCGAAUGUGAAGAACAAUCCUCUUCCUCCCCAUGGGAAUCCUGCGGUAAAUGCCAUUGAAGACGCCUAUGUUGGUGUUACGGUUGAUAAGGUGGAUGAUGUUAAGACUCCUUUGGCAGCAUUCCAUGCCCGAUUGGUGGAAGCUGGCCUAAUCAAUGUUAAUCAUGACAACUGUGAAGAGUGUGCCACACACCCAAGAGGGUGUCAGAUGGUACGAGAUAAUAUUCAAGACUUGAUGGAUAAAGGAGUGCUUCAGAUCUCCAGCGUUGCAAAGAGCGAAGACAUGUUGGUAAUUGAACCUUGCUUCAAUCUACCCGAACCGGUCGAAAUCCCAUAUUACAGUGGUGGAGUGGUCCCGGUGAAUAGUAUGUUGUCGACUAUUGAGAUAUGCAUGCCCACGCCUUUUCCAUACGAGAGCACCAAGGUUGUGCCUUGGAAAUAUGAGAUUACCGCUGUGGACAAGGUAGUUGAAGGAAGUGCAGACGCUAAAGUGGCAAAAGUUGUGAGUGAGGACGUCGCCAAUAUUGCAGGAAUGAGCAGAAUGACCCGUAGCGGUCGAAUCUAUACGCCUGAGUUCAAUGUGACUCCUCAAGGGUCGACCAAGGAAUCAACAAUUGCAGCUCCCACUAAAGAACCCGAAGUGGUCCAAUCCGAAGAUGCUGUUGAAUUCUUGAAGUUAAUCAAGAGAAGUGAUUACAAGGUUGUGGACCAGUUGCAUCAAACACCAUCUAAGAUCUCUAUUCUAUCUCUGUUGUUGAACUCCCAAGCCCAUAGGGAGGCUUUAUUGAAGGUGCUUGCUCAAGCUCAUGUAACACAAAGCAUAACAGUAGACCAAUUUGAUGGAGUAGUUGCAAAUAUCACAGCUUGUAAUACGUUGAGCUUCAGUGGAGAGGAAUUACCUGAGGAUGGACAAAAUCACAAUUGUGCUCUCCAUAUCUCGGUAAAAUGCAAAGAUGAUGCUUUGGCGAGAGUUUUGGUUGAUACCGGAUCUUCUCUGAAUGUGAUGCCAAAAAGAACACUCGCCAAGUUAUCUUAUCAAGGACCAGCUAUGAAACCUAGUGCCUUGAUAGUGAAAGCUUUUGAUGGGGCAGUCACCUUCACUUUGCAUCAAAAAAUGAAGUUUGUGGUGGACAAUCAAUUGAUUAUUAUCUCUUGGGAGGAGGACUUUGUGGUCAGUCACCUUUCAUCCUUCAGAUAUAUCGAGGCUGAUGAGGACGCUUUGGAAACUUCUUUCCAAGCUCUUGAAAUAGCUAAUGCCACUUUUGGGGAGAUGAAGGACCCGGUUGGGAAAGCUUGUUCAUCUUUCGCUUCUCUGAAAAGCGCAAAGUCUAGCAUUGAAGGAGGAAACCCUGAAGGUUGGGGUCAGCUUAUUGAUAUUCGUGAGAAGCAUGAUCUCUUUGGUCUGGGAUAUGUGCCUUCCGCUGCGAAAGGAGCCCGAGUCCCUACAAAGGACAACACCCGAAGCAUCCAGGAAGUAUUCCUUAGCACAGGAUUCAUCCAUGGAGAUCAGGUCAAUGCAAUUGGAGAUAGCACCGAAAAUGAAGAUGAGCCAUGUUUGGUUUACCAGUGUGAGACAACUUUGAACAAUUCGAAGGCGGUUGAGAUCCCCAAAAAUUUUCCUUUGUCAAAGUAA